AUGAAACUCCCUUGCUAUCAAAACAAUACGCCUCUUGAUCCUUCCUUCGAUGAUGACCUGAAGGACGUUCAUCUUGUCUAUGAUUAUGACGCCACAGACUCGAACGGAAAACCAGAAAAAUGGAGGUAUGAAAUAUGGUUUUUCUCAGAAAAUAAAAUUGUUUAUGCGAUUCAUGGUGGUCCAAUGGCAGGAAGGAUUAAUUAUCAAACAGUUGCUUAUCAAUGUGUACGCCCUGGAGAAAUAUGGCAGAUAAAUUGGCUUGAAGAAACAGGCACUGUUGUGUCAAUAGUUUAUGACAUUGUGAAUAAAACGGUAAACGGACUUCUAUGCUUUUCUAAGGGACAUUGGGAAAAUUCUGAAGCUGCUCAUGGGGAUAAAAGAAACCCAGAUGACUUUGCUCGUUGGAGAAAUUUGGCCAGGCAGGGCAUUCAAACCGAUCGUUUCGUCUUGGUUGAAAGGGCCCAUAUAUUGAAAUCGUUUAAAGGUCAGGGUGAUUUGGAACCGAUCGAACCUGAUGCAAUUACCUUUUAG